GUGACGGCUGCAGUCACGUGGUCGUACUGUGCUUUGGCGGGCUCUGCUGCUGCUGCGUUCGUGUGCAGGCUGCAUGUGUUCUGUAGCUGAGAGCAGCAGAGGACGAGGUGGGGAGAUCAUCAUCCGGAUGGAGAGCAAUGUGUGGGAAAUAUGAGGCUGUGACACCCUUGAAGGCAUACAGGAAGACUUUACCCACAAGAAAAGACAUGACGCACCUCGUAUCUGAAAGCCGAAACUCCAGCUUAGACCUGGGGCAUGUUGUGAACCUGUUCCAGCAAUGGCAACAACAACAGCCGCGGCUGAAGAUAUUUUGUCGUUCAAAUACAACUGAGGACCAAUUCCCGGAUAAGCCUACGUCUCUGCUGUGUUACCAAACGGAAUGGCAGCAGAGCUUAUUGAAAACGUAUGGAAAUCAGAUGACGCUGUUAGACGCUGCUCACAGGUCGAUGGGCCGCGCGCUGCCGCUAUUUUUCAUUUGUGUCAGGACAAACCUAAGCUAUGUGAUCGUCGGAGUCUUUGUAGUCCAGCAGGAAACAGCGGCAUGCAUACAGGAGGCCUUGCGCAUUUUCAAAGAAUGGAACGCCGACUGGAACCCACAUUGCUUUUUGGUUGACUUUUGCCAAGAGGAGAUAAGUGCUGUGUCUGCAUUAUUUAAAGACACCAAAAUAUUACUUUGCGAUUCCCAUCGGGACAGGGCUUGGAUGAAGUGGGUGGCCAAGAAAGCUAAUGGAGUACACCGCUCUCGCAGCGUUGUGCUGAAUAUGCUACGCAAAGUAGCGCUCGCCGCAACCAUGGAGGAACACCGCAGAGCGCUCCAUACGCUCACUGAUUGCCAGAUGUGGAAGACCUGUGAUGCCGUGAGGCGCUGGUUCUCAGACGAGUGGAUGCCGGAGAUAGAGAGAUGGGCACAUGUUUUCCGGACAGCGGGGAUGCAAAUUGUAAUUAAGGCUGACAACGGACUGGGGCGUCAGAGGCAGUUUCUGAUCUAUAGGUGCCUGGCAGGCUACAAAGACGGCGCACUUAGUGACCUGAUCACUGUGCUGCACAGUAGCGUCUUCCGCGACACUUACAUGAAGCAUAUGCAGGUGAACUUGAGAUGUUCAGAGUUUUACCGGAAGUACGCGGACGAUGUGCCCAUUUUCUUAAGAAAUCGUCCGAGGGAAUUUAUUUCCCACGUUCUUAGGAGUUUGUCCAGCAGCCGGGAUGGAGCACACAUCAUCUGCGUAGGGAAAGAACACGGUGUUUUCCAGGUGAAGAGUGACUGUGAGGAAGAGGAGUAUGAGGAAGUUAAUCUGGGAGCCGAUUCUCCAUCGUGUACGUGUGAAGAUUGGAGAACAUCUCUCUUACCUUGUAAACACAUUUGUUGCGUUAUUAAGUUUGCAGAGGGCUGGGGAUGGGAGAAAAUGGACCUUUCUUACUGGAACAAUCCACUCUUCGUACUGGACCCGGAGUUGUAUUCAGAACGUCCUGAAAGCAAGGAGGGUGAGGCUGGGCACCCCUUGAGAGGUGUCAGGUACAUAUCUCUACCAGCUGAACACGCGGACGAUCCUCUGCAAAGGACAGCAAAAAGAGCAGCCUUAAUUCAGAGUGUGGUACAGAAAAUAAAUCAAAUUAUAGAGCUGAUUCCCUUGAUAGAGGAUGAAACGUACCUGAGCAACUUGUGCAACACAAGUAACAAGCUAUUUGAAGAUGCCAAAAGACACGUACCCAAAGCACCGACACUUAACAAGGACUGAAACGCCCAAAAGUAAUAGAAAAAAAAUUGGGAGCCUCUUCUGAAGUGGCAGUCGCUGUUUAGCGGUGAAAAUAAAAAAAAUCAGUCAUGAAGGUAUAAGCUAAAAUCCAUUUAUUAUAUGGCAGCAAAAGCGAUGGCCAGCCGUGGUGUCAGCAAAUGUCGUCACUCCAGCCUCUGUGGUUUCUAACACUGCUGCACAUUUAUGUUUUUGGUGAAUUAUGGCCUAAAUCUGUGAAAUGCACAAUCAUAUGGGAUGUGAGCUAUGCAGUGCCCAUAUAACUGUUUUGUUUCUUACAUAUUGUUACAUGUACAGUUCAGUUGUAUUCUACAGUUCAGAAUGUUUAUUAUGUAUUCCUUGGGCAUUCGGAUUGCCCUCAGAAAACUUUAUUUACAAAUUGCAGUCUUACAGCAUAUAUACACGCUGACUGUAAAAUCCAAAAUAGUUCAUAGUGUAUCAUUUAUUAUGGCAGAGGUUCUCAAACGCGGUCCUCAAGACACCCUAUCAGUCCAGCUUUUAAGUAUAUCUGUGGCUCAGCAAAGAUGGUUAAAUAAAAUUGACCGAGGUACUAAUUAAGUCACCCGUGGCCAAGCAUGGAUAUACCUGGACUGUUGAGGUGCCUGGAGGACUGCGUUUAAGAAUCUCUGUAUUUGGGGUUUUAUUUUAUUUUUUGUUUUGAUUUUGAAUCACAAGAAUGAGUGCAGAAAAAACACAAAAAGUGCACAUGGUGCUGUAGAAACAUCAGGCCCUUGUCAAGAGAGAAACGGCGUGUCUGUCCCCAACACCCAGUGACAUACAGUAUGGAUCCUUAGGAAACAAGGAUCUUCACACCCUUCCCAUAACUUUGCCUUUACCCUGUGAAGUUUCAGGGGCAAUCAAUUGACAUUGAUUCCCUAUUUGGGGAUAUGAUGCCCAUAAGGAUUUACUGUACUCUUCAAUCUGUUGGGAAGAAAAAGAGGACCUAUGCAGCCUGUCUACACAUCGGAUGGCCCCUUCCUCUUCUGGAAUCAGAUACUACAUUAGAUCCUAAUCGGCUUGCCACUAAUACCCCUUUCACACCGCCAAUGCCGGAUCCCACCCGGGAAUUAGAAACGGGUGCUUCCCGGGUGGGAUCCGGCAUUGGACCCUAACAGCAGGCUUCCCAUAGCGGCGGGGGGCGGAGCCGGCAGCAGGGGUGGCGCUGGGAGAUGAGGUCAUCUCCGGGCUGCCUGUCCCUAUGUAUUGAACAGAUCCGGGGUCUUCAACCCGGGAAUAACCCUUCUUAUAACCCGGGUUGAAUUACCCGGCCAGGCGGCUCUGGAAUUCUCCAUGGCCCCUUUCACAUCGCACAGUGACCGGUGUCGACCAGGCAAUAUAGCGGGUCGAUACCGGGUUAUUUUUGCGAUGUGAAAGGGGUAUAAAUGAUAUCCUGUGACCUACACUAUUUGUGUUGUUUCUUCUGGGGUUUUUUUGGAAACACUUUAUUUAUAUUUGUUCCUAAACUAAAUUUGUUCCUAUUAAUGCUGUUUUGUGUGUGUAAGAUUAUAAUGAUGCAGAUCCACCUUGUCAUUGUAAGUAAAUUUGAAAAAUUGUUUAAUAUUGCCCCUAAAAUUAAUUUUGUAUAUUCUGAAAAGUAAAACAAAAAAACAUUUUGUUUAUUA